GUAGAUAUCUGGCGGGAGUAAAAGGGUGCACGCCGUGAGCUAUCUGGCUAUCUUGCUCUCCUUAUCUUCUCAUCACGUUCCGGGUUCUGCUGCGGGAGACCUCGCUAUCCUGCUUUCUUCUUUCUAACUUGUUCCAAGUUUUCGCUCAGAUAAACGGUGUCACCGGGGUUUCCAGGCGGGAUGUUCCUUACGAACGGCCCUACGGGUGACGGUACGGGAUACAUGAACAAUGGGCAGUUGUCGACGAAUAACGGGGUCUCGAACGUCGGUACAGGCCAGAACGCGGGCAAUUGGAAUGGCUACCAAGGGGGAGGUGGGAGAGCGGGGAUGGGAGGGAACGGUAACAUUUGCUAUAACUGUGGGAAACCUGGGCACAUUGCCUGGGAUUGCUGGUCACGGCGGGGACGUGGGGACACUAACACGCACGGUGAUCCGGAGCUGGAAGAAAUUAAGGAACACUUCCGUUUAAUGCGUAAGGAAAGACUGGAGUCAAAGGAGAAACGAAGGCUAGAGGAGGAGAGAAAAGCCAAGGAGGAGGAGGAACUAAGGAGWAACUUGGACUUCGCCCGAAAGGCGGAAGAAUUCAAGUUACAACUACGUGCCGAGCUCUUGGAAGAAUGGAGAAGGAACAACCAGGAGGCAGAGAAGGCGAGUGGUCCUCUGAAGACAUCUGUGAAGAAGAAAAGGGGAACGGCCCAGAAAACACGCAAGAGCCGCAGAAAGGGGAGGGCGAAGAAGAAGAGGACGGAUAAAUCCAGCGACGAGACGGACACCGAGGAUCCGAAGGAGGAAGACUCUUUGGACAGCGCAACUACUAUGGAUUCUGAAGACUCUCAAGUGAUGCGGACUCCAAGGGGGAAGAAGAAGAAGGCUUACUCGAGGAGCAGAUACAAGAGGAAAAUGGCGGACAAGGCAAAKAAGACAACGGAGAACACACCGCUCAGAACAUUCGAGCGAGGUGAAUGCUCCAGGCKGGGGAGGACGGAUCCGGGCGACACAGGAAGACAGCAYGCRACUGACARCGRCGGGUUCCAGAUGGSGGAGGAAGAGGGACGGGGUUUCAGUCUACCGAAGCAGGAGGGACAUGUACUGACGAGAUUCUCGGAGCUUGCCAUUCCCUGUUUCCUGAGAAAUUCGAAGAAUAUCUCGAGACCGGCAAAAGCUUGUGAAGUGAGCACGAUCAGACGAGCAAUCUGCGAAGCGACGAUGCAUCUCAAGGGCAGCUCGACUGUUUCCAUUACUUCAGAAGUCAUGUUCACCAACUGGGAAAUCAACUUCGCGGCUUGGUCGGACGAGCAGAUCAGAGACUGGGGUUCCCGGAUUGAGGGGCUGGUUCUCACUCCCGUAGACCGGAACCAGGGGGACACUGCAGUGUUCUGCCCAGUCUUGUACAGGCACGGCUUCGGGAAGACGUUCGUCUGGAAUUCCAACUACGUAACGAUCGGGAAUGUCGAUGACGAGGUGACUAUCCUGAAGAAGACCAGGGAAGAUUUUCUCAUGCGGGGUUUGGAUUCAAUCGGCAAAUGGAAACCGGACGGUCGACUGGGUACAGCGUACGUGAUACCAAAACACAAGGACUUGGCACGCUGGAGACCCAUAGCACCGGCUCCGGCAGAUCCUACCAGACUGGCUACGAGGAGAACAGCGAGGGCACUGCACUGUUUACUGGCGCGCCUACCCGCGAACAGCACCUUCUUCCUCAGCUCGGUCGGCGAGCUCGCGGAACGCCUCAAAGCAACCACGCAGAGAUUGAGAGCAGCUGGUUGUAACCAAGCAAUCGGAAGGUGCUACGACAUUAAGGAAAUGUUCUCGAGGAUUCCCCACGGUUCGGUAAUCCAAGCGGUGCAUCAGCUGCUGAGAAGAUACGAGAAUGACGGGUGGAAGCAAGUGCGAGUUUCAACGAGGGGCAAGCUAUGCAUCAGCAGCAGAGAUAAGAAGAAGGUGGAAGGGUACGUGGGUAUCACUCUCAGGAAGAUAAUGGAGGUGAUCAGAUUCGACUUGAACCAUGCAGUUGUGAGGUGUGAGGAGAAGAUUGUCAAACAGGUGUUUGGUAUUCCGAUGGGCAAGUCUACGAGCCCGGUUCUCGCCUCCGUGACCUGCGCAAUGGCGGAACUGCAGUUCGUCAGUGGACUUGGAUCGAAUAGAAGAAUGUGUCAUCGUCACCUUGGAAGAAUGUACCCAUUCGGUCUACGAUUUGAUUCAUCAAAUCCAAAGCCAAUGAAUGGCUGGAUGCAUGGUGUCCAGUUUGUGGCAGUGAACAUGCAAAAGCCUGGGCAGCGACUUUGGAUGACACAUGGUUUCUUCAGAGCCAAUGGCGGAUGUGGCUAUGUAAAAAAGCCAGACUGCAUGCUGCCAUCAUAUGAUGAUACGAGGGUGGGUCCAGAUGGGUUUGACCCCCAUGCAAGCAUGGAACCACGGAUAACACUGGAGGUAUUUACAGAUGCCGUAGCUGCCGCCAAGGCUCAGCAGGAGGCAGCAGAGGCAGAACGUCAGCGGCUGGCCAAUGAGGCAGCAGCCCAAGCUCAGCAGACGGCUGAGGCCGACGCAGCGGCACGAGACCAACGGAAUGCCGCCAGCAUGGAAUCCCUGAUUCGUAAUGAGAAUCAGUGGACAACGAUCCUCGAAGGCAUGAUCUUUGUGCCUUCGGAAGAGCAGGCAGAUCCAACUUCGGCGGAGGCAGAGAGGACUCGCCUGGCUAACGUGAUGUUGACGAUGAUGCGAUCGAUCAUGUGGUGUUAUACGAUGUUAGCGGUGCAAAUACACGAGGGCAGACAGCUGCGACAGAUUCAGCAGAAGGAUUCUGCAGCCUUAUCAGUUGCUGUUCGCACUACCGCCACACAUCAGCAACAACUGCUGAACACCACCACCGCACGCGUCAGCAGCAUCGAGGCUAAGACCUCAGCAGCGCCAGGCUGCACGACAGACGAGACGAAGCAGCUCAAUGGGCGCAUCGAUCACGUCGUCAAUCUCAUCGGUGACAUAGGUGUUUUCAAUGGGCCGGACAUGAUCAGUAGCACGGUGGCCGCCAUCAAGACGGACAUCACCAAGCUGCAAACGAGACCGGACGCCACUACGAAGAACUACAAGAUGCCGCACUUCGACAUCAGCAAGUUCAACGACCACAACAAGACGGACGCUUUGGCAUGGUGGCAACGUUUCCUCACAGAAGCAUCAUGCCGCACUGUCCCGGACGACUAUCUGAUGAAGGUGUUAUACUUACAGCUGAUUGGAGGAGCGCAGGCAUGGAUGAACCAUCUGGCGGCUACCCACACAUGCACCAUCUUUGAACUUCACACGCACAUUACGUGGAAGGAUUUCGAGAAGCUAUGGUUCACCCGUUUCAUGGUCCGCAACGUCGUGAAGGCGGCCAUGAACGAAGUGUAUACCUGCUUUCAAGGGAAUAUGCCAACUCGAGACUGGACAACCAAGUGGCAGAAGAUAGUGACCACGCCAGGCAUCGAUUUGAGUUUUACCAAUCAACGAUUCGAGUUCUUCUCGCGAUCGUGCGCAGGACUGCGAUCGGCACUCGGCAAUGAGUACGAUUACGAUUCAUUCCAGGUCAUUCUGGAUCGUGCAAACUUGGUCAUCCAAACGGAUGACAAGACCGCAAACGAACGGCAGUCCCAGCCGCAUUAUGUGGCUAAGCAUAGCUAUCAACGUCCGACACAUAACAAUGCCAUGAUUUCGGAAGAAACAGACGAUCUCCACGCUGCAGCAGCAUCCUCGAGUGAUGGAGGAAUUGUAGCAGUGCUCCCGCCGAAGCAUCCCAAGAGAGUUCGGAAGAAUAAGGCGACACAAGAGACGACAUCGACGGGAACUGGGCCGCAACCAUGGACGGCUUACAAGAUAACCAAGGAUGUCUACGACCUCCGUCAAAAGUACGGAUACUGCCUUUGGUGCAACGACGUCAUGCAUUUGACCGCACAAUGCCCCGAAAAGGGCAAGACACGCGAUCCUCUCGAGGCGGGCGCCGUCCCUCCGCGUGGAUGUAUCUACCGCAUGAGCGAAGAGGAACUCGAGGUGCUUCGCGCACAACUCGAUGACCUUCUCGACAAGGACUGGAUUCGCCCUAGUUGCUCGCCAUACGGUGCACCUGUUCUCUUCGUCCGGAAGAAGAACAAAGAUCUACGGUUAUGCAUCGACUAUCGCAAACUUAACGCACAAACAGUAAAGAACGCCGGCCCUCUCCCUCGGAUUGAUGAUCUCCUUGAGCGGUUAGGCAGCGCAACGUACUUCUCGAAGUUGGACUUGAAGUCAGGUUACCACCAGAUUGAAAUCCAGCCUCAAGAUCGGUACAAGACCGCAUUCAAGACGCGGUACGGACAUUUUGAGUGGGUUGUCAUGCCUUUUGGCCUCACCAAUGCCCUCGCAACUUUUCAAGCAGCUAUGACGACUGAGUUUCACGACUUGCUCGAUCGCAGCGUCCUCAUCUACCUCGAUGACAUCUUGGUCUAUAGCAGGACGUUGGACGAGCACAUCACACACCUUUGCGCUGUUUUGAAUCGUUUGCGACUGGCCAAGUACAAAGCGAACCACGACAAGUGCGAGUUCGCCAAGCAAGAGCUUGAGUAUUUGGGCCACUAUGUUACGUCAAAAGGCAUUCGUCCCUUAGCCGACAAGAUCCAAGCCAUCGUGGAUUGGCCGGAACCCCGUUGCACUACGGACGUACGCUCUUUCAUGGGAUUGGCUGGAUAUUAUCAGCGAUUCGUCGAGUCAUACUCAAAAGUGGCAGCUCCCUUGUCGAGACUUCAGUCCCCGAAGUGUCACGAGGACGGUUGGCAUCCGGUCGAGUAUUUCUCCCAAAAGGUGCCUCUCGUAAACACUCUCGACGACGCUAGGAAGAAAGAGCUACUCGCGUUCGUCACCGUUCUCAAACGGUGGCGCCACUUUCUUCUCGGUCGUCGGCGUUUUAAAUGGAAUACGGAUAACAAUCCGUUGACAUUUUACAAAACGCAGGACACGGUCACUAGUACGAUUGGUCGAUGGAUGUAUUACAUCGACCAGUUCGACUUUGACCCGUGCCACAUUCCCGGUCCCGCCAAUCGAGCUGCGGACGCCCUCUCACGACGGCCCAACUUUUGUGCCAUUGUGACCACGGCAUUCGACCUCGAUGACGAUCUGUAACCGCAUUUCGUCAAAGGCUACAAGUCUGAUCCGACUUACUCUACGCUCUACGCGGAGCUUUCUUCGGAUCACCCGCCGGCUAGCCACUAUCAG